AUGUUCCUGAACAAGAAGCACGCUACUCGACGUGUUCAGCUAGCCAAAUCAGCGGUCAUCGCUGAUCGCUCGAUGAUGACUACAGAGGAAAGGGUGGUGAGUGAUGCUGUGGAUGAGGCGAAUGGGGUCGAGAGCAGCGAAAAAGCAUUUGAUGAAGAGACUGAUCCGAAAAAUAAGGAUUUCACGUUUGUUUACUAA